AUGUCAACAUCAAAUCGUUCUUUAUCACAAGAUAAUGCAAAUGGUGAAAAAUGGGAUCGAUGCUUAACCGAUGGCAUUCUUAAAACAGCUUUUGGUUUCACAUGGGGUAUUGUUUUUUCGGCUCUUCUCUUCAAACGUCGUCCAUGGCCAAUUAUCUUUGGUACAGGUAUAGGCAUAGGUAUGGGAUAUAGUAAUUGUCAGAACGAUUUACGUUCAUCUAAUCGUCAUUUUAAAUCCAUAACAAGACCAGAUCAACAGAUUCCGACAACACCAUCAGAAAGCGAAUGA